AUGCCUCCCUUUACUGUCAACCUGGCGCACAGAGCCCAGAAACAGCGACCUUCCCUCCUCACCGACGGCAACCACACGACCUUAAACACCUACACCCGCUCCAACGAUGGGCCCACUCACCUCGGCUUUGAUGACCCCGGCCACAUCCGCCUCAAAGACUCGCCAGACGUCAAGGGUCCUCUCCACGGCCACUCGCCACUCGCGGAUGCGCGCCCCGAUCCUGGCAACGUCACGAUCGACACCCCAGUUGAGAGCUCCUCCACCUCCCGCUCGUGCAACCGCGAGCUCGAUUCUUCUCCCAGCCACCACCGUUCCUCCAUCCGCGGCGACUCGUCCAAUGAAGCGGCCAAGCUCCCCACUGGACGCGAGGCCCAGCCGGCGUCGCAGCCGGUGAUGCCCCGCCACGAUGCUUCCGAGUUUGCUGCUCUGUCCAUCUCUGCUACGCCUGCCUCCCUCCGCAAGAGCUCGACAGACGUCCAGCCCCAGUCCAAGGUCACCGAAAUCGAGAAGCAAACCGACGUCGACCUCCAGCUGAAGGCUGCGCGUGAGGUGUUCCGUGCCCGCAACAAGGCCGUCGACGAGACGAAGCGCGCCACCACUCCCGCGAGCUCGGCUGGUGCUGUGGACCGCUCGCGUCCUGCAAACGAUACCAACCAACCCCGCUCGUACACGCAUAUCCGCCCCGGUACCAAGGUUACGGCACCUCCUUUUUCCUGGGAGCUCGGUGCACAGCCAGCAGCCGUGUCGGGGCCUACCCCGCCCCCUAGCAAGGCCACCGCUGCCACCGCGGCCUCACCUGCAAGCACGGUUGUCGCCACCGGCACCAACAAGCCCACGCCCAUCGUCUCGCCGAACGCGUCCGCGACCUCGGCAUCCCCACAUGUCACUGACGCUGCUCCACUCGUUACGGGGGACAAGAACGACUCUGGUGGCGCACCCAGUCGCCACGCGAGCCUCGGUGUUAUCAACGGCGAGGCCCUCGACCAAGUCUGCACGGCUCACAUGCUCACAGAGGUGCUGCGUGCUUUCCAGGGACAGAUUAGCACACUUGCCGCCCAGGUCGCCUCCCUCACCGACGAGCGCGACCAGUUCAAGUCCCAGGCAGACGAGCACAAGGUGGUCCUGGAGGUGGCCCGACUGAUGACUGUCAAGUCGGAAAAGGACGCGUUCCAAGUCGAGCGUGACCAGCUCGAGGCCCGCCUCGCGGCCAUGCAGAGCAAGCUAGACGCGGCCAACGAAGACAAGGUGCAUGCCAAGGAGGCGACGCUGCUGGCCCAGAGCGAGACCCUUCGCGAGGGACUCCGUUCCCAGGUGAUUGCGUUCAAGACCGACUUUGUCAGCGUCAAGACCCAGGUCCAGAAGAUGACGCCCCGCAUCGAGACGCUCGAGGCCCAGGACCGUACCCUCGCCAACAAGUACCGCCAGCUCCAGGAGAAGCACGCUGAGCUCCAGGAGCGGACGGACCGUCUCGAGAGGAGCAACCAGGAGCUCGAGGGCCGCCUCGCAAAGUUGGACAAGCUCAACGGAGUGCGUCCUUCCCACAACAAGUGA